AUGAACCAAUAUUAUAAUGAUUCACAAAAUGAUAAUACAUUCCUAGACAUUACCAAUUAUAUUUAUAUAAUAAGCAUCAUUUCACUUCUCAUCUGCCUUCCUGGACUUGUAGGGAAUGGGAUUGUCAUUUGGCUUCUUGGCUUCCGUAUUAAAAGGACUCCCUUCACCACAUACGUUUUGAACCUUGCCAUUGCAGAUUUUGCUGUGCUCAUCAAUGAAAUUAUUACAGAUGUAUUUAUCUUAAAUAAUCCUAACUUUUUUCCUUAUUACUUCUAUUUCUUCAGCCAUGCCAUAUUUAUAUUUACAUUCACUACUAGUCAGUAUUUCAUGGCAAUCAUCAGCAUUGACAGAUGUGUGUGCCUCUUCUUUCCACUUUGGCAUCGAUGUCACCGGCCACCACAUUUAUCAACCUGUGUGUGUGUCAUUGUAUGGAUCCUCAGCUUCAUAACUACUUUUAUUACUCUCUCUCUCCUUUUCUAUGAAUAUGUAAUCAUCGCGUACUUCCAGUUUUUCUUGAAUGCUGUGGUUUGCAUGCCCAUCAUGUGUGUGUCCACUGUAGCCAUGUUUAUUAAAUUCUGCUUAAGAGCACCACAAAAGAAGAAGAGGAAACUGUUAAGAACCAUUUGGCUUACGCUUUUCUUCUUCCUUCUUUUUGGUGUUCCAAUUAAUACAAUUCAGAUUCUUUCUCUAACCCAUCUUCAAACUCUAUAUUUGUAUGGAUAUGUCCACAUAUGUCUCCUCUUAAACAGUGCCAUUAACCCCAUGAUCUAUUACUUGAUGGGAAGAGAUAAAAGAGGGAGAUCCAGCAAGCAAAUUAAGAAAGUGCUUGAGAAACUUUUCAAGGAAGAGGAAGAUUGUACAGAGAAUCAGGAAAUGUGAUCCCACACACUUAUAAGGACCCUUUAACAAGGUAGUUCGUCAUUUGUAAUGCGUAAGAAAAAGUGGAUUCUAGAUUUAGUAAUGUUUAGAAAGUAUUAAUUCCUUUGACAAGUCAAUGAGAUAUAUACCCUUAUUUCCAUAGUAUGCAAAUGUUGCUUCUUAAGAUUGCAAUGCUCAGUCCCAUAUAGCUUUCCAAGAUUAAAGCAGUUGUUAUUAAUACAAGGAAGUGAUAAAAAUAGUUAAGGCCACAGCUAGCACAGCGGGUUAAACCAGAAAUCUUGUCAACCAGAAGGUCAGCAGUUGGAGCCGCAGGCCAGGGUGAGCUCCUUCCAACAGCCCUAACUUCUAUGGGGAGGCAAAAGGCACCCCUGAAAAACUUGCCAGCUAAUUCAAUCAGGAAGUCAUCUAUGGAAAAUGGAACAUCAGCACCUCCCCAUGGCCGAGUCAAGCACAGCCUCCAGAUGCCGGAGAUGAAGAAGUGGGAAGCUUUGCCUCUAUGUCUUGUCUGUCUCUGUUAUUAAUUGUGAUGGCAUGGAAGGUUUGCCUUGUAUGUAUUCUGCAAUCUGCUCUGAAUCCCCUUGAGGAGAUAAAGCAGAAUAAAAAUAAAGUAUGUUACAUUAUUGUUAUUAUUGUUAUUCAUACCAAGCAUAAACAACAUUUCAUUAGAAAGUCUGCCCUGCAAGUUUGACAUAAGGAUAAGCAGAGACAUUGUCAUAAGAUAAC